AAUUUGUAAAUAUUUUAUCACAUUUAAAAGAUGGAUGUUUUAAGUCUAGACCUUGAAAACUGGAGAACAAUUCUAGUAGCUGUUAUAAUAUUCAUGAUAACAUAUCUAACAACAAGACGGGACAAAAAUGUUCCACCAGGACCAAAUAGAUGGCCUAUAAUAGGAAACAUUGGAUCGAUAAUUGGCGUAGAUACACUUGACAGGCUUGCUAAACUACGUAGGAAAUAUGGAGAUAUAUUUGGAGUGUAUUUAGGGUCAGAAUUGACAAUAUUCCUCAACGGCUAUGAUACAAUACACGAAGCUUUAGUAAAACGGGGGACAGUUUUCUCUAAACGUCCGAAAAAUCAACUACGAGGAGAAAACCGUGUGGCUAUUGUGUUCGGAAACGGUCAGUCGUGGAAGGACCUUAGACAAUUCACAUUACAUGCUAUCCGCGAGCUUUGUUAUCGGAAGACUGGCUUUACUUUAGAAGACAGAAUAAAUGAGGAAUUGUCUUACUUCACAGAGAAACUAAGUAGUUUAAACUGCACGGAUGUAAAUCUAUCAUCGUUAAUUACACUGAGUUUUGCAAAUAUCAUCUACGGUAUUAUACACGGACGUCGUGUCGGGUACGAAGAUAAAAAGUUCAUAUGGUAUCUCGACAAACUUGAUGAAGCAUUUAAACGUCAUCUUAAAACACAGACAUUAAAUGCUUGCUUUCCAUUUCUCUAUUACCUACCAGGAGAUAUACUCGGCUUGCAAGUAAGAGACACAACUGCUAUUCUCAACAGCCAGUAUUUUGAGGAAAUAUGCAAACCUAACUAUGACAGUUAUAGAGCUGGGGAAAACAAUUGUUUUAUGGAUUAUUGCAUUGCAGCUGAGAAAACUAGUAAAACAUUCCAAAGAGAAAACGUGUGGGUUAUUCUGCAUGAUCUGAUGGCUGCCGGUAGUGAAACAACUGCUACAACAUUGAAGUGGGUAAUUUUUGCUCUGGCCAAAUAUCCUGCCUUUAAAAAGAAAAUUCAAAAUAAAGUAGAUGUAGUUCUUCCUCGAGACAAAACACCUUCUAUGUCAGACAAGGAGAAUUUACCGUACGUUGAAGCAACAAUCCUAGAAGCUCUUCGAUUCGGAAGCGUUGUUCCUCUUUCUGUACCGCACGCCGUCUUACAUGAUACUGUAUUUCAAGGCUUCAAAAUACCAGCAGAUGCUACAAUAUUACCUAACAUAUACUCAGUUCAUUUUGAUCCCGAUAUAUUUCCAGAGCCUGAAGAAUUCAGACCUGAAAGAUUUCUAAAUGAAAGCGAGACAUCAAUAACCGGGACUGAAAAACUUAUCCCAUUUUCACUCGGGCCAAGGUCAUGUCUCGGCGAGACUUUGGCCCGUAUGGAGCUAUUCUUGUACGUGACAACAAUUGUACAAAAACUAGAUAUUCAAGCCCCAAGCGGUGAGGAACUACCGUCGGUUAAGGGAAUAUUUGGACUGACGCGACGUCCACAAGAUUACCAAGUGAACAUUCGCAUAAGGCCCUCAGCGUAAUGCGAGAGAUCAUACCAUUUGCGUUAGAUGUUAUAGAACACUUUCCAGGACAUACAAAAAAACUGAUUCAAUGCAAACAAAAUUCGUGAAGUGACCUAUUCUAAACUGUAAGUUACUGUGUAUAUGUUAUAAGGUUAAUGGACACAAUCUUGUCUUAUUAGGCAGUUCAAGACGAGCAAUAAUAAAUACAUUGUAUAUUAGCUUUUUAGCAUUUGUGAAUGUGUUGUCAAAUAUAUAAUAAAUGUAAAAACAA